AUGCUGAGGUUUGCCGUGCUGGCCUGUGUGCUGUUCUUAGGAGGACACGCUGCAGCCGGGCAGAGAGGUGAGGGCAAUUUUUUAAAAUGUAAAUUUAAAGUCAUAAUUUUAAAGGUUUUCAUUUUGGGAAACAGUUUGAUUGAACUUUUGUCAUACCAGAGAAGGUAUUCCCUAUUUUGAGCAUAAAUAUACAAGAAUUUGGAAAAAGCCACACUUGUAUGCAUUUGAUUCAAAUUAGGAUAGUGUGUUAAUUGAGAUUUAAAAUUUAGAUCUGAAAUUUAAGAACCAAAAUUGCGAAAAUGAAAGUAAAUGUGACAGAGGUUGAAAACACAGUUGCAUCACUUACUUCUUAAACGUCUAUCUUUGUCACCACUCUUCUUACUCACAAUGUGGAAAAACAAUUAGUGUGUGGUCUCAGCUGUAAUAUGAUGUCGUAAUCUAUUAGCGGUGAGGGUGAUUUAUCCCAGGUAUAUUUUCUCUCUGCUGCUGAAUCCAUUCACGAGACAGAGAUGCUGCUAAUGGGAAGAGCACAUUUCCUGUGCUUCAUGCUCGGGAGAUUUCUGCCCCUUUUCUGGCUCCGCUGGGGGGGGAGGAUGGUGGUCAAAGUGCUCAAGGGGGGUCUCGGGGUGGUAGAUCUUAAGGUCAGUUAGUGCAAUGAUCAUGUUCACUCCAAAACAGAAAAUCUCAUCUGGUUUGAAAAUGAGCUUUUCUGCAAAUGAAGUGAAGGAUCUAUAUUGAGUUAUAAUAUUAUUUAGCAAAUGUAAAUGAGAAACUGCACAGAGAAUUUUAACAAUAUCCAUCGCAGAGCAGAAACCAACACCUUAACUUCCUUUGUAGCAUAUACACGUCAGCUACUAUCACUAAAAGACUCUAAAUUUUCAGUUUCACACCUGCUCAGCAUCUAUAGCUAUAUGAAGGCAGUUACAAAGACAUUGAUAAGCACACUAAAGCAAGCUGAAUAUUUCCCUCUUGAGUUGGUUAAGCUAAUAUUUUACAUUUGUGUUCAUAACCUGUUUCAGCCACUCCGAAAUGUUGAAUUCACCUUUGUAUUUUAGUUCACUUCCAUCCACUUUAACCAGAGCUUUUGUUUUUUUAUUCUCCUCAAAUUUUCUGUCAUGAAAUAUUAUCUCAGUUCUCAGACCAAGUGAGCCCGAGGGAGUCGAUCUGAAUGACAGAGACUUUUCUCGUUUACAAACUGAGUUGUUCUUUAACAAAAUUAUGAACUGUUUUAUUUGGGCCGUAAAAAACUUCAUAGUUUGUUUCAGUCACGGUCUAAUGGUAUUUUCUUAAAUGAAGCAAACCUGAAUAGAAAUCCAGAUAAACACUCACUCAUUACUGUAAGAAAACACAAAACGCCUGGAGAGUUCAGUUCCUGUAACUUACUGGCUUUGAAAUGUAUCUUCUGGAAAAUCUUGUAUUAUUCCAUUUCUGGAAAAUCAAUUUUGCUUCUGCAAUGAAAACAUCUAAUCUCCGGUGAAUGCGUGGGCAGUGGAUACAAAUGAAGCCUGUGGCGGCUGAAGGACUUCAGGUAUUUGAUAAGCUAUGGGUCAUGUUGUAGUGACUCUCCAUAUUUGCUCCCCCCUGAGAUUCUGGUCCCUGAUACUUAGCCAACAAGAAAACUCAUGAGGUGCAAAGACUGUAAUCCACUUUGUUGACAAAAACUUGCCUGAGAGUUUUUGUCUGUUUCUUACCUCACUACUGUACACUUUAAUCUCAUAUUUCUGCACCUUUGUCUCCUCCUGGUUUCUUCUCUUUUUACUAUUUACAAGUGAGACCACAUUACUUCACUGCCAAGCAGCAACUGCUGGUCUUGAAAAAUAAAGCUGAUGCAAAAACUGCAGUUUCCUGAAUGUCCACUUGAGGCUGGCUGCAGAAGCACCGGAAACCAUGUACACACUGAGCCAAAAAAGCAAAGUUGAGAGCAAAAAUGCAAGUUUACAGCCUAGUGAAAAAAACAUCCUUGGUCUGAUCCACUGUAUGUGGAGUGAAAUUUUUUUUUAAAACAUGAUUAUUUCAAAGUUAUUCAGGAUACAAGAUCGGCAAAUCAGAGGCCCGGAUGACUUGACUGACAGGCAGGCACAAUGUAACCAUUUGCGAGGAAGCCCGCCUUUAGCAGGAUGACCGAAUGGUCAGUUGAGCCAUCCUUAUCGAUGUGGCAAAAGUCAAAAGUCAAAGAGACUGUUGAUAAAUAAACGCCACGAUACAAAUAGCUCCUGUGAAGAACCUCUGGUUUGCACAAAAAGCAGUCUUCACUCUUGUUCAUUACAUGCUUAAACUGUGUCCUCUGAUAAAAGUUUAAUUUAGCUGACUUUUGACGGUGACAUGUAUCAUUUAAUGGAGAUAUUGUGUGUUAAAAUGAAGAUGAAGAAGACGGGGCUGUGUCAUUGUCUCUCGCUUCCUCUAAAAAAUUACACCAUAAAAUUGCUAGCCUUGCUGCUGAAAGUCUCUUUUGCUUUUGUGUAUCAUAAAAUAUGAAUUUAAGCCUUUGGUUUAAAAAGAGGGGCUUUGUUUACAUCUUAUGUUUUAUAAACUAUGUAACUGGCUGGCUGGAGAUAAUAAUAUGGUUAAAUUGUCUUUUCUGAUGUUGGUUGUAUUUGUGUUAUUUUCAGAUGGAGAGAUUAUCAGUCAGAUAAAAUCGACAAACCUGGCGCUGGCUGAGAUUAAAGACCUCCUGAAACAACAGGUAAAAACACCUGAUAAAAUCAGAUGCAUGUAAAUGUUGAUGAUUUUGUCACUCAUUAGACGUUUGCCCUUGAAUUAACUUUUUCAGAAGGUGUCCAUUCAGCAACUGUUGUGUUGGACUGUUGUGGAUUCAGCUAAAUAACAUCAUGGAAACUAACCAGCUAACGGAGCUGUUUUAAUUUGUAUUUUUCCUAGAUUAGAGAGAUCGUAUUUCUGAAGAACACUGUGAUGGAGUGUGAAGCCUGUGGUGAGUUCAGCAGCAAAACGGAGUUUCAUGAUUGUUUUUUUUUUUAGAAGACCAGUUUGUAGAAAGUUUUCACUACUCUUGCAUUUUUUAUUUUGAGAUGGUAAUUUGGGGAGAGUCCAAGUUAUAUUUUUUUAAGGUACAAAUCAGACUGAAAUUCUGCACAAGUUCCUGUGGACAGUUGUUAUGAACUAGAGUUAAACAAGAAGGAAAGGACCCACUUGCAGAACAAAAGAGGGAUUUAUUAAAAAAAACUAAAUGGAAAGCAACCAAAACUUACUCCAAAAUGUCCAAACACAAAAUCCAACCAAAGACACUGGCAAAAACAAAUUUAAGAUCACAGGGGAACAGGCAGAGAUGCACACAGAUCGACAAACAUACAUACAUACAUACAUGCGCAAUGAACCAAAACAAAACAGGGGAAGACAGGAACUAUAUAUACACAGGGAAACAAGCAACGAGAGGCAGGUGAGACACUGAGACAGGUGCAGACAAUUACAGAGAAGGAAAAACUGAGGAAAUAAAACAAGACUAGACACACACGAAUGGAUGACUACAAAAUAAAACAGGAAGUACAGAAAAGUAAUCUAAAGAAAAAAACAGAGAACAUGAGGGAAACAGGGUCAGACACAAACUGAAAACUCACAAGACUACAGGGGAACAGGAACAAUAGGGAACAGAAACACAAGAGAAAAACACAAAGAAAAUACAUUCAAAUCAUAAUCAUAACACAUCAUGACAACAGAGUUUUAAAUAAACAAAUCAAUAAGUAAUGACACUGAUAGGAUUGAAGCGCAUGAUCAAAAGCUAUUUCAUUUCAGAAUUUGCAGAAAUAAAAUAAAAAUAGAAAGUUCCUCAGACAGUUUGUCCACACUGAUACACUCAUGUGUCAGUGUGGACAUAUUUGUUGUGGUGAUCGGGGUUUCCUGGGUAGCAGAGAGACGAGCCAGCAGAGAGAAAUACAAGCAGCCAGUGAACAGCUGAGGCAGCUGAGGGGGAUCUGGGAAAGUGAAGCUGGAAACCUUCCUUUGAAAAGUGGUCAUUUUGAGGUCAAACCAUUACUACUCUUGGAUAAAUGAGGAUCAUUUACAGACCGUUACAGUCUCCUGAAUAUGUGGAUGUGGAUUUCACGUUUCUAAGGCCAAAAAUAAGACCACAACAGCAGAUUUAAAAAGUGAUCUCCAGAAGUAUGCUGGAGGAAUUUUCUGUCCCAUUUACUGUAAGAGCAGAUGAGGCAGACGAUUGUAGCUCCGGUUUACUUUAGACUCUCUGUUCCACACAUGUAAUCUGUUUUUAGUUUGAAUUCAUAUGAGAACAAGCAGAAUCAUUGUCCUACAGUUUGAGUGGAGUGAACAUCUAACAACACUUCGGUAUUAUGCUGGUUUAGAACAUUUUCGACCCCCUCUGUCUCCUCAGGUAUGGGAGGACACCAGCCUCGUCCCUCCUGUAAUCCUAACCCCUGCCACCCAGGAGUCAGGUGUAUGGAGACACCCCAGGGUAUUAAGUGUGGACCCUGUCCUGAUGGCAUGGAGGGUAAUGGGACCCACUGCACUGAUGUGGAUGAGGUACACAGAGUUCAUAAUAUCUAAUCACAACACAAUACAUCGAUCUGUUUGUUUUUUUUGUUUUUUUUUCUGGAUGAGAUUCAGUUUGUUUUUAAAUAUUUGGUAGAUGUUAUAAAAAUUGUGGUCAAAUGAAGAAGAUUCAGAAAGAAACUUAAAUACAGGACUGAAGUCGUGAGGCUCCUUUUCAGAAAUCGUCUAAAUAUUUUGUGUUUCUUUUCAAGUGCACUGUACUGCCGUGUCAUAUGGGUGUGCGCUGCAUAAACACUGCCCCCGGUUUUCGCUGCGGCUCCUGUCCUCCUGGAUACACCGGCCCCCAAGUCCAGGGUGUCGGUCUCGCUUACGCCAAGGCAAACAAACAGGUCGGGUUCACAACACACUCACACAAACACACACAUUUAGAAACAAGCUGACAAAACAACUGAAGUGGAUCAACAAUCUUGACAUUAGUAUAUAUAUAUAUAUAUAUAUAUAUUUUUUUUUUUUACCCGUUUAUUGGCAUUUUCAGUUUGAACAUAAACAAAUAACGUGUAAAAUAAGUGUACAUUAUAAAUCAUCAAACCAAAUCAUCCCUUUUUAAAAUCUUAUUCUUAGUUCAAAAACUGGGUUUGUGAAAAUUCUCCCAUCUGCAGCUGAAGAUGUUUACUUUUUCUCAUAACUCCCUCCUUUCUACAUCCAUCAGCAGCACCUCUUCACUCUCUAUAUACAGAGAGUCAAACAGAGAGAACUGCUCUGUAUCAGGAACACCUCAGGUCAUAGUGCAGGACUGUUUCCUCUUACUGCACUUCAUAUUUUUUACUCGUACUUUCACUCUUGAUGUAAAAGCAUACUGAGUUAGUUACUGACCUCUCUCUCUGUGUGUUUGUCCCAUCAAGGUCUGCAAAGAUAUCAAUGAGUGUGAAAGCCCCAACAACGGAGGCUGUGUGGCUAACUCUGUCUGCAUGAACACUCCUGUGAGUACAAACGCCAUCAACAGGCAUUUAAAACCCUGUUUGAGGGAGACCUGCAGUCCAUACAGUUCUUGUAAACCUAGGUAUGAUGGGUCUCUGUGUCGUUAGGGUUCGUACAGGUGUGGUCCCUGUAAGACAGGCUACGUUGGAGAUCAGCGGCGUGGCUGCAAGCCUGAGAGAGCUUGUGGUAAUGGACAACCUAACCCCUGCCACGCCAGUGCGGAGUGCAUCGUCCAUCGAGAAGGAGCAAUCGAGUGUCAGGUAAAUCAUUCAUCCUUUUCUGUGCAUGACUUAGAAAUUACAGUUUAGGAUUUUAGAUCAGAUCCGAUCAGAUGCAUCAGAUUUCAUACAAGGCUUUAUCAGAGACCCUCAGAGUGCUUUACAUUGGAUACAUCAAUCAUUCGCUCACACAGUCACACCCUGGUGGUGGAAAACUAGGAGCAAGGUGGGUUAAGCAUCUUGCCCAAGGACACAACGGACAGACUCGGAAUAGGGGGGAAUUGAACUGCCAACCUUCAAGUUAUUGGACGACCACUCUACCUCCUGUGCUACUGUCGCCCCAAAAGAGUAUUAAAGAGUAAAGAUCUUCAGUAUUCACUGUUUUUCAUGUUCUACAAAACCUCAUUGAAAAAUGUCAAUUUUGGCUCCCGUGUGGACAAAGAAAUAACUUUUACGUAGAUUGGACUCAAAAAAGGUUGUGUCAUCUGUACCAAACCAACAUGCCUAAAUAAAAUUAUUGACUUAACUUGUGAAGUCUAACGUUCAGCAGAACCAGAAUUGUUUAUUUAAAGGCUUGAACAUUUAAAAUGCUCUGCAAACAGACUGAAAAAUAAAUCUUUUCCCCUGAUCACAGUGUGGAGUUGGGUGGGCUGGCAACGGCUACCUGUGCGGGCCUGACAUUGACAUUGAUGGUAUCCCAGAUGAGAAACUGGACUGUCCAGAGAAGAACUGCAACAAGGUGGGUCUCCUUUAUGUUACCUGCACAUACAGAAAAAUAUUCAUAGAUCUUAUGUAGUAGAAACUGUCUUAAAAAAUAGUGCCGGUUGUGUUAUUUUUCUUUUUGUACUUUCCUUUCAAAGUGUCUGUUUUUCCCUUUCAGGAUAACUGCCUCACUGUGCCAAACUCUGGUCAAGAAGAUGCCGAUGGGGAUGGUAUUGGAGAUGCCUGCGAUGAGGAUGCAGAUGGGGAUGGGAUCCUCAACACACAGGUUCUUGCACAAAAGACGAAACAGGCCGCAAAACUUAAUCUGCCAUUUACUAUUAGAGACUAAAACAACAUCUUCACAGGAUAACUGCGUGUUGGUACCGAAUGUGGACCAAAGGAACAUCGACGAAGAUGACUUUGGUGACGCUUGCGACAACUGCCGCGCUGUCAAAAACAAUGACCAGAAAGACACAGAUGUGGACAAAUUUGGGGAUGAAUGUGAUGAAGACAUUGAUGGAGAUGGUAAAUAAAUUGUAGAAGACGGAUAUGUGAUUAAGAUCGGCCUGCAGAGGGUAGCUAAUGUCUAAAAUCUGAUUCAAAGAAAUAACCAAAAUCGUGAAUGCAGUAGUAUAAAGUGAUUACAGAUAAAGUGGAUGAAGACUUUGUCAGGUGAAUGCUUACUGAACUGAUCACCUUAAUCUCAGGUAUCCCUAACCACCUGGAUAACUGCAAGAGGGUUCCCAACGCUGACCAGAUCGAUCGUGAUGGAGACAAAGUGGGAGACGCAUGUGACAGCUGUCCUUACGUACCAAACCCUGAGCAGGUCAGAAAUCUGCCUUUCAUAUGUUGUGAGUUCUGUCAGCAAGCAAAUACGGACUCAAUAUGGAUGUGUUGAUCUUUUUUAGACUGAUGUGGACAAUGACUUGAUCGGAGACCCCUGUGACACGAAUAAGGACAGGUAAGUCAUGAUCGUGUCACAUGUGAUAUCUUUAAUGAUGAGCAUGUUCUAGUAAAAGUCUCUGUCCUCCAGUGACGGUGACGGUCACCAGGACUCUAGAGACAACUGUCCUGCAGUGAUCAACAGCUCCCAGCUCGACACGGACAAGGACGGGAAAGGAGAUGAGUGCGAUGAUGACGACGACAACGACGGCAUCCCAGACCUGCUGCCACCCGGACCUGACAACUGUCGUCUGAUCCCCAACCCUCUGCAGGAGGACUCUGACGGUGGGUCAUGUUUCUGACCUGUAAUGUCACAUUUUCUACAUCAGGUGGAUGAAAAGUUUAGAAAGUCUCUAUGGUUGUUCGCUCUCUAAGGUGACGGUGUGGGUAAUAUCUGUGAGACGGAUUUCGACAAUGACACCAUCGUUGACACCAUCGACGUUUGUCCGGAGAACGCUGAGGUCACUCUCACCGACUUCAGGGAGUACCAGACCGUUGUUUUAGAUCCUGAAGGAGACGCACAGAUCGACCCCAACUGGGUGGUGCUGAACCAGGUCAAGUGUCGUCUCCUGUUUCAUUUCAGUUUUUUUGUGUGCGUAUCCUAAAUAUAUUUCUGCCAUUCAAACGUCUCUGAACUCCUCGUCUCUCUUUGUGCAGGGAAGAGAGAUUGUCCAGACUAUGAACAGUGAUCCUGGCCUGGCUGUUGGUACGAACCUGAUCUAUAACUCAAAGCAAAAUUAAUGUUGGUCUUCAAAGUGGCUUGUCUGAAGAUCGCCAGUGACAGCUGUGUCUCCCCACCAGGUUACACCGCCUUCAGUGGAGUGGAUUUUGAAGGGACGUUUCAUGUCAACACAGUAACGGACGACGAUUACGCAGGAUUUAUCUUUGGGUACCAGGACAGUUCCAGUUUUUACGUGGUGAUGUGGAAGCAGGUUGAACAGAUCUACUGGCAGGCAAACCCGUUCAGAGCUGUGGCUGAACCGGGCAUCCAACUCAAGGUAGAAAAACCCCAAACUGUUUUUAAGUAUUUACAUCUAUUUAAUUUUUAUUUAAAUUAUUAUUUUUAGAAUUUAUGUAGGGUGACCAUACGUCCUCUUUUACCCGGGCAUGUCCUCUUUUUGGGGGGCUGUCCAGGAUUGUCCGGCAUUGACUGGGGAAGUUAAUAAAAUCCUUCAAAUGUCUGGGGUUUUGUACAAGAGUUUCGAUUUUGUGUCACAUGGACUUACUGAGUUAGAAGCGUUUUACUAAUCAAGCAUCAUUUAUAGGAUAUAGAGCUUCAAUAAACCGCUAUAUUCAUGUUUUAUCAAUCAGCUCAAUCACAAGUAAAGUCCCACUCCCAUCGUUUUUUUUCAUUAUAAUUAUUACCUAAAGUGUUCUCAGUGGUCUGUAAAUUGUGAUUAUGAAGUUUUUACCAAAAAUAGCAUUACUUGUGUCAUUUUCAAGGGCUUUUCUUCUGCAAAGUUGUGGGCGGGAACAGCGCUGGUCUGCACACUCGUCUUCACAUUAGCUUGCAGCCUAGCAUUACCAGUGUAGUAGAAGUGACAGGUAACAUAGGAGCUAUUCAGCUCUCAGACAAAAAUGUCUUGAGGGACACAAUGAAAGCUAAUAUCAUAAUUAGCUUUCUUACAAUCAUUACAAUCUGCUAAUGUACACGCUUGUUCCGCAAUCGUCCUCUAUUUCUCCUCUAUAUGCAGAGUGUGGCCUGCAUUGCAGGGCUCUGGGGGCGGAGCUUGGAUUUGUGAUGUAUGAAAUCUCACUGUAUCUGAUCCUGCUGUUUGGGUCUGCCAGUGAUUCACAGCAAUUUGAAUGAAGAAAUACUCAGAAAAGCAAUUUCGCACUUAGUUUUCUCAUGAUAUGUCCUGUAGCAUCAGAAAAAUGCCAUAUGAACAUGUAAAAGAACAUGAUUUUCAUCAGAGUUGGUCUUUAAAGUCAAAUACCGCUUUCAACACUGAUAUGAAAGAGUUGUGAUGAUAUGCUGAUGGAUGUUUAAAGUUGGUCCAGGGAAUCAAAGUUCUUGUUACUGUGUUUUGAAAAGGCUGUCAAGUCCAACACAGGUCCGGGUGAAAACCUUAGGAACGCUCUGUGGCACACCGGUGACACGAGUGACCAAGUCAAACUUCUCUGGAAGGACUCACGCAACGUCGGCUGGAAGGACAAAACCUCUUACCGCUGGUUCCUCCAACACAGGCCAGCUGAUGGCUACAUCAGGUACCAACUCAUUCAACUUUAAACAUCACCACCACUCUUACCUGAUUGUUUUUUAACCUAGCUUCACUUCUGUGUUUCACUUGUUUUUGUCUUUAACAAAACUUCAAUCUGUUUGCUGCUGUGUGAUGUUGUUACCUCUGUGAUGAUACGCAGGGUUCGUUUCUACGAGGGGACUCAGAUGGUUGCAGACACGGGCGUCAUCAUUGACGCCACGAUGAGAGGAGGUCGUCUGGGAGUUUUCUGCUUCUCCCAGGAGAACAUCAUCUGGGCCAACCUGCGUUAUCGCUGCAAUGGUGAGACAAGUUUACCCUCUUUCAGCCUUUUUUCCCACUUCCCCACAUGUUUUAUGGACAUAUCGAAUAAUUGAAAAAACAUCUCAAAUACCUUUUCCUUGUGGCCCAAACUGGAAAAAAAAUAUUGAUACGUCUGUUGUUUCUCUCUACAGACACUAUUCCUGAAGACUUCGACUCCUACAGAGCUCAGCAGGUCCAGCUGACUUUCUGA